UUUUGACUUUGAUAUCCUCAAAACAAAACGUUUCAUUGCAGAAACCUCAAAGCAAAACACAGUCCAACCAUGGCAGCAUUCUCGUCAAAAUUGUCUUUGGUUCUGUUCCUCUCUUUUCUCUUCCUGCAUGCAGCUUUCGCUGCGAUUGUAUGCGAGGAUGUGCCAAAGAAUGUCUGUGCGUUUUCGGUCGCGUCUUCGGGGAAAAGGUGUUUGUUGGAGACGUCGGUGGCGGGCGAUGGAAGCGUGGAGUACGAGUGCAGGACAUCGGAGGUGAUGGUUCAGAGGAUUUAUGAGUACAUAGAGAGCGACAAGUGUGUUCAAGCAUGUGGGGUUGACAGGAAAAUGGUUGGUAUUUCAUCGGAUGCCCUUCUUGAGCAUCAAUUCACCGCCAAGCUUUGCUCCCCCGCUUGCUACCAGGAGUGCCCCAACAUUGUCGACCUGUACUUCAAUUUGGCUGCCGGCGAAGGAGUAUUUUUGCCAAAUCUCUGUGAGAGUCGGCGCAGCAACCCUCACCGUGCCAUGAGCGAGCUUUUGAGCUCUGGUGUUGCCUCUGCCCCUGUUUCAGCGGCAACUACUGCCACCGCCGCCGCCCCAUAUGCCGUGUAAACACGUUGCGUGCGUGGUUUCCUCAGGACCAUGUUGGAUAGCGAUAUAUAGUGGGAGCGUAGAGUCUGAUGAGGAUGGUUUCAUUGGGCAGCUGUGUUCUGUCUGAGGAAGCAAGCACAUGACGGGCACGAGGGUGUCCCCCGAAUGUUUGACUUCGAUUCCUCCAAAUUAAUAAAUGUAAACCCCUCUCAAUAUCUCCUUAAUUGGCUACCUCCUAUUAUUAUC